AUAGUUUAAUAGUAGAACAUAGAGAGAUUACAUAUAGAUUAUUCAGAUUAUUAAAAAUGUUCAAAGGGAGUGCUGAUUAUGCUCUCUUUAUGUUCUAGCUCAUAUAUGUAAUCAGUGCAAAUCUUAAAGAAGUUCAAAUCACCAGACAUGCGAAUGUGACAAAGUGAAAAAAUCAGCUGUAAUGGUUAUUCUAACAAUAGGAGUAUUGAUCUAUCUACUCCCUCUUCUCCUUCCUGUCCAUGGUGUUGUAUACUGGAGUGAAGAUUAUGAUCCAGCCAAAAACUGUCAAAAUCAAAGUCUGAUAUUGCAAAUUAAGAAUAAACCAGACCCAAAGCUUGGACACUGCGAGGAAGAAACAGGAGACUUAAGUGAUGUUGAGGUGUUCCAAAAGUGUAAAUUAAGACUAGCGAAGGCUCUUGGGACAAUUUGUGCAACUACAACUGUGAAGGAGUCUGGAGACCUUCUGUAUUGUAAGAACAAGGCACUGACAAUAUGCUGCUUCCACAAACCAAUAUGCACAAGGAACUGGGAUACGGUGAACAAAAACUAUCCAGAAAAAGCCAAAAAAUAUUUAGCUGAUAAGGAAGCCUGGUUGAACAAAGAGAAGCGGCGAGGAUAUGAAACCUGUUAUCCGCUAAAUUCAAGUUUGGAUGCUAGUGUUUGUCACAAGGAUUGUGAGAGCUUCUCUAGUUCUGAAUUUGCUAAACAAUGUAAGAUAGACGGAGGAUUCUUUAAAUGCUGCAUCAGAAGUGAAACUCACACCGUGUUCUCCUAUUACGAUGAAACUAUUAAGAAGAAUGCUAGUGUAGAUGUGAGUGAGGAUAAAGGAAUACAGCAGGCAGGCGAACUAUUCUAUCUCACGAAUCCUGCUUAUGGAGAAGCAGACUAUAGAUGUUUGAACCCGACAAGUGAGAAAGAUCCAACAAAGUGGGGAACAUAUGACCCGAAUUUCUUUGAAGCAGCCGUCACACAGAGAAAUUUGGAACAGGUACCUACCUACCCUUUUGACAAGAGAUUUUUAAACUUUGCUGACCCUGAAGUAUUAAAACUAAUGGUUGGCGAUGAACUGGAGAAAAACUGGAAAGAAACCUAUGGUUUUGAUCAUGCCUCGUAUCUAGAUGAUAGUAGUAAGGCACUGCUUGAUUGCGAAAAAGCAGACAAAGAUAGUUUUGCACAAGAUUGUCGGAGAAAAAAUGGAAUUUUUAAAUGUUGCAUGGCAGAAUGGAAUCUGAGAAAAUUUGAAACAGUUGAUAGAGAACUGAAUUUGAGUUCCUAUUCGGCUAUUUGCACCAAGGACUGGAGAAAAUGUCAAAUUGCAACAAAUGUUCACCUUUGCUCAUAUUUGGAACCAUUCUCAGGCAUGGUAAAUCUCAAGUUUAAAACCCCUUUAGUUAACCCCCUGGGAGGAAUAUCUAUAAUAGAGGCAGAAUCUCAACGAUUUAUUUCAGAAAAAAAAGAUUUGAGACUCGGUGUAAGAGGAACGUUGUGCAUGAUGCUAGAUACAUGUUCGGAAAUUGGUUUGUUCUACACAAGUACUAAGGAUUUCAUGUUUGCACAUGACAGAGAUACUUUCUGCAAGCUGGAGGCCGAAGAUAUAACAAGCAGUAAAGUGUAUGAGUCUAAAGAACCAGUGGAGAAAUGCAAAAAAAGAAAAAAUAUUAAUAUAAGGGUGUGUCCAAAAAAGAUGUUUGACAAGAAAAAGAAACGUUCCAACGGAUAUAUCCUUUUCAAAGAAGCGAUGAAAAAGUUUUGGUCUGGAAGAAAGAAAAAAAAAUCCAAAAGUGACAAACGGAAAAAGAGAAAAAGAAGGAAAAAGAAGAGAGAAUAA